CAUCUUAGUAGUUUGAAGAGUUAGUUAUCAGAACAAUACUGCGCAAUUAAGUUGCCUAUUCGAUUGUAUGUAAUUUGCUUGUGAGUGUAAUAAGAACUAUUUGAAAUAAGAGUUAUGCUAAAAAUGCAUUUCACUCUUAUAAAAAGUAUUAAAAAGAAGGUUUACGAUUGCAUCAUAAAAUCAGAAUUCACCGAGCGUAUCCUUCAUCUUCGAGGUUGCCCUGACAGCUGGCUGUAGCAGAAUAGAAACCACGAAGGCGAAGAGGUGCGGUCGUGGGAGAUGAUAUUAAUCGGUUGAAGGAGGGAAGAGUCUCUGCCCCUUGUGAUUUCGGAGACUCUAUCAUCCCUGCCCCUGGUUUAGGGUUUAGGGUUCAAGGUUUACUCCCUCCGUCCCAUUAUUAACUCCUUAUUUGACUAGGCACCCAAAUUAAGAUAGUGAGAAUCGAGUGAUGGAGAAUUGUGCAGAGGAGAGAGAAAUGUGUAAGAAUGAUCGUGAACCACAAAUUCUUUGCCAAAAAGGAAAUAAGAGAUAAAUUUGGGACGGACCGAAAUGGAAAGAAUAAAGAUAAUUAUGGGCCGGAGGCCGGAGGGAGUAAGAGUCUCUAGUUCGAAUCCCGACAACUGCGAUGAGAGAUUACUAAAAAUGCAUAGAGCCUCUGUAAGUACAGGUGUCAGUCUCACUUUCUAUGUGUCUGAUUAAAGUCUAACUUUUAUCUUUCCAGUUAACUAUUCUAUCGGUUCUCAGGAAUAGAGUGUCAUCCUUAUUUGUUUAACCCUCAUCACUUUAAAUCAAUAGUGAUUGCAAUAGUCACUUUCUUGAAAUAAGUUAAUUUGUACAACUGUACUUCAUUUUUGUUCGUUGAAAUAAAACUAACACCUUCCACUAAACGUCUCAUAUUUUCUGUACUAUAUUGCCUAAAUAUUGUUGAAUUCCUACUUUUUUAGUGUAAAAUCUUCCGGUUAAAUCCCGGAGAUGAUAUCAAAUCCAUAUGUUAGAAAUUGCUGUAACGGUGAAGUGAAAUUUUAAGAAUGCUCAAGAAGACAGCAUCCUUCUUGAAUAGACGUGCUAUUGAACAACAUUUUCAUUCUUCCAUCCGGAGUAUCCCCGCAUGUAUUUACCGCCAACUGCAAACUUUGACCUCCUCCCCUCCAAAUGUGACAAUUCUGGAAGCUCUAUGCACAGAUGGUAACCUAACAGAAGCCUUGUUUGAGAUGGGCAAGAGAGGAAUAGAAAUGGUUUUCAAGGACUAUAAUAUCCUGCUUAACGAAUGUAUAAAUCAAAGGGCAAUUAGAGAAGGCCAAAGGCUUCACUCCCACAUAAUCAAGACCCUUUACCGCCCUCCCGUUUUUCUUAGGACAAGGUUAAUCGUUUUCUAUGUGAAGUGCGAGAUGCUGGGUGACGCUAAAAGGGUGUUUGAUGAAAUGCCUGAGAGGAAUGUUGUGGCUUGGACUGCAAUGAUAUCUGCAUAUGCCCAGAGAGGGUACUUUUUGGAAGCUCUUAAUCUUUUUGUUCAGAUGUUGAGAUCAGGAACCCAGCCAAAUGAGUUUACAUUUGCAACAGUGCUCACAUCUUGUGUUGGAACCUUUGGACUCAACUUCGGACAACAAAUCCACGGGUUAUUGAUCCAGAGUGCAUUUGAGUCCCAUCUCUAUGUUGGAAGUUCACUUCUUGACAUGUACGCCAAAUCUGGAUGUGUCCAACAGGGCCACUUUGAGGAUGCUAUUGAGAUAUUCCGUAGAUUACAGAGAGAAGGAAUGACGUCAAACUAUGUUACUUAUACAAGCCUCGUAAACGCAUCAUCUGGACUUGCUGCAGUGGAACAUGGCAGACAAGUUCAUGGCUAUGUCAUUAGAAAUGAAUUGCUCUCUCAUGUAAUUCUUCAAAAUUCCUUAAUUGAUAUGUACUCCAAGUGUGGAAACCUCACCUACUCGAGGAUCAUAUUUGACAGAAUGUCUGAAAGAACCGUGAGCAGUUGGAAUGCCAUGCUUGUUGGUUACAGUAAGCACGGAAUGGGAAGGGAGACAGUUGACCUUUUCGAAAAGAUGAGGAACGAAAACGUAACUAAACCGGACAGUGUCACGUUUCUGGCAGUAUUGACGGGCUGCAGUCACGGUGGAAUGGAGGAGAAAGGUCUUGAGAUCUUCAACGAGAUGGUCAACGGGGAAAAUGAGGGUGAUGUUUGGAUGGAGCACUAUGGAUGCAUUGUGGAUAUGCUGGGACGGUCGGGUCGGGUAGAACAGGCUUAUAAAUUUGUUCAGGAGAUGCCUUUCAAACCAAACGCUUCGGUCUUGGGCUCUCUUUUGGGCGCAUGUAGGUUUCACGUGAAACCCGAAAUUGGCGAGAUCAUAGGAAACCGACUCAUGGAAAUAGAGCCAGAAUGUGGUGGGAACUAUGUUAUCCUCUCCAACAUAUAUGCAUCCGCGGGAAGGUGGGGAGAUGCAAAGAGGGUGAGGAAGAUGAUGCGAGAGAAGUUGGUGAUGAAGGAGCCAGGAAUGAGCUGGGUUGAGUGAAAAUGUGUUAAGCCAUGGUUAAGGAAGCAGGUUUUGCACCUGAACUGAGCUAGUGUCAUAAUAUGAUAAUACUAGUACACACUGAAUGAACGCAAGUGACACCUCAGAGAUCAAGAAUAUGCCCUUGUUUGUUUUCAGGAGUUCAGGCUGGAAAGCAUUUGAGUUUUGGUGGAAAUUGUACUUGCAUUCCAGCCAAGAUCGGAGCCGGGUUUUUUAGUGCGGAGGGCAAAUCUGUGGUUAUCUGAUUAUCUGUCUCUAGACUUAAGCAUACAACAACAUCCAAGCCUUACUCCCAAAAGGUUUUGGGGUCGGUUAACAUGAAUCGAUUCAUGAUCUCCAGAUUUAGGGAUCACACGGGAAAUUAAAUUUUGUAUCAAAGCUAUACCUAAAAAAUGACCAAGCAGAGUGUUUGGCAAUGCAAGAACAGUUACCGCUGACAUGGCCUAUAUGAUAGACCCCACACGCCAUUGGAUAGUAAGGUUGAAGUGUUGAACCAAACCCUGCACUUUGGAUAGUAAGAAAGAGUAUAACAAAACGAUGAUGCACGAAAUAAAUAUCAUCCUUAAUUCACUUAGUUCAUGUGAAAAUAUAAAAAAGAAUAUCAUCAAAUUGUUGAAUAUAAUAGAAACCCUCAACGUUCUUCUUCUUCAUUCUAG